UUCCGCCCAUUCCGUUUUAUUCAGGCGAUGAUAUUUGCGAUUGAAGAGAUAAACAGGAGUCCCGUUCUUCUUCCAAAUAUUACACUGGGCUACCGGAUUUAUGAUUCGUGCAAUCUACCUCACCUCUCAGUGAAAGCGGCUUUCGAAAUGUUCAACGGACAGGUCGCAGCUUACACGCAGCAGUCUUGUCCCCCACGCUUACCCGUCCCUGCCAUCGUGGCGGAAUCGGGAUCGUCGCAGUCCCUGGCGGUUGCGGCGUCAAUAGGUCCGUUCAGAGUCCCCAUGGUUAGCUAUUUCGCCACGUGUGCCUGUCUCAGCAACAGGCGAAAAUUCCCCUCCUUCUUUCGAACGAUCCCAAGCGACUACUUCCAAGCUAAAGCAUUGGCCCAACUUGUCAGGCGGUUUGGAUGGACGUGGAUUGGAACGGUAAGGAGCGACAACGAUUACGGCAACUUUGGGAUGCAAGCCUUCACUGAGAUAGUUCAGCAGCUUGGAGUUUGCAUGGCCUUCUCUGAGUCUUUUCACCGGACGUAUUCUAGAGAAAGGGUACUUCAUGUUACUCGCGUUAUUCGGACAGCGUCCACGAAAGUCGUGGUGGCUUUCCUCACUCAAGCGGACAUGGACAGUUUAUUGAAGGAACUUGUUCGGCAAAACAUUUCUGGCAUCCAGUGGGUGGGCACUGAAGCGUGGAUCGCAACUUCGCUUCUAUCUCCAGAGGAGAACAAAAGGUUCGUUACUGGAUCCAUCGGAAUCGCCAUCCGGAAAGUAAAUAUCCCGGGUUUCAAACACUUCUUAACAGAUUUUCAUCCGUCUGUCUAUCCCGGUAAUCUCUUAGUUGAAGAAUUUUGGGAGAAGAUCUUCGGUUGCAGACUGAAAAGAAUAGAUAACGACACAGGAAGCACAGCGGUAACCGCAAAGUCUCGUCAAUGUACAGGAACGGAAAGCCUGAAGACUGUGUCUAACACCUACACGGACACAUCUCAGCUGAGGGUGACUAACAAAGUUUACGAGGCUACUUAUGCUAUAGCCCAUGCACUUCACAAUAUGUUGUCGUGUAAGAUUGGCGAAGGUCCAUUUGUCAAUCAGUCUUGUGCAAACAUUUCAAAUUUUCAGCCAUGGCAGGUAUUGCAUUACAUGCAAUCGCUAAAUUUCACAACUAAGGUCGGGGAAAGGAUAAAUUUCAACGAAAACGGAGAUUCGGUGCCUACGUACGAUAUUGUGAACUGGCAGGUGAAUAGCGAGGGGAAUGCCGCUGUUUCGAUAGUCGGAAAUUAUGACGGAUCCGCGCCAUCAGAAGAACAGGUCAUGAUAAAUGUCGGAUCUAUUGUUUGGACUGGUGGUCGCACAGAGAUCCCUCAGGCAGUUUGUUCCAACAGCUGUUCCCCUGGAACAAGAAAAGCAGCUCGCAAGGGACAGCCUAUUUGUUGCUUCGAUUGCAUUCCGUGCGCCGAAGGUACGAUCAGUAACGCCACAGAUUCAAUUGCGUGCAUGAAGUGCCCCAGCGAUUCCUGGCCCAACGACCGGCAGGACCAAUGCAUAGAGAAGCAGCUUGAGUUUCUUUCAUUUGCCGAGGUGAUGGGGAUUGUUCUAACGACGCUGGCAUUGAUCGGAACUUGCUUCACUGCCACGAUAGGUGGUAUUAUCUUGUUUCACAAAGACACUCCGAUCGUGAAGGCAAACAAUGCUGAGCUCAGCUUCCUUCUUCUCCUCGCACUGAGCUUUUGCUUCCUCUGUUCAAUCACAUUCAUUGGCGAGCCGACGCCAUGGUCCUGUAUGUUACGCCACACCAUGUUUGGUGUUACUUUCGUCCUUUGUGUCUCCUGUGUUUUGGGCAAGACUAUUGUAGUGGUGAUGGCAUUUCAGGCAAAACUACCCAGUAAUAACGUGGCCAAGUGGUUUGGUCCCCUACAACAACGCCUCACUGUGUUUCUUCUUACACUUAUACAAUGCUUAAUAUGCACUGUUUGGCUCGUCAAAUCCCCACCCCUCCCCGUCAAAAAUAUGGCCUAUUCGAAAGAAGUGAUUCUUCUGGAAUGUGACGUGGGUUCCGAAGUAGCAUUUUACUGCGUCCUAGGUUACAUUGGGGGCCUGUCAUUGGUUUGCUUUGCCGUUGCCUUUUUGGCACGAAAUCUGCCGGACAAUUUCAACGAGGCGAAAUACAUUACAUUUAGCAUGCUGAUCUUCUGUGCUGUUUGGAUAUCUUUCAUUCCAGCUUACGUCAGUUCUCCCGGGAAAUUCACUGUGGCAGUGGAAGUUUUUGCAAUUUUGGCUUCCAGUUUCGGCUUACUUUUCUGUAUCUUUGCACCUAAAUGUUACAUCAUAUUGUUAAAGCCGGAGAGAAAUACAAGGAAACAUUUGAUGGGCAAAGUGCCUUUGUGA